AUUGCUCUGACUCAACUACCCCAAAGUCACAUGCAAAGUAACAAUUUGCCGAUUGGCCGACAAGCAGGAAGUGAACGGUAGCGACAGUGGCAAGCGCGCGAAGUUUAGCAAAGGAGAACUAUAUCACAAGAAGCACCAUCCAAACAAAUUUGAAGAGGUAAAUCAUAAUUGGUGCUGUAGCUUGCAUUCGUGGUGUUGUCAGGAUGCCUGCGCUUGUGGAGCAGCCGGGCUAUGCGCAUGAGAGGUUGUGCGCACUGACAGAGCGAGUUCCUUGCAGAGAGACUCAAGCCAGUACUUUGUUAGCUUUGCUGGGUGAGCCAGGACACUAUAGCUAUCCAUCAAUCUUCAUCUAUGGACACCGUGCGUCUGGCAAAAGUCACGUGACUGAAUCCAUACUUCAAGAACUUGAGCUCCCCCAUGCCAUAGUGAGCUGUGUGGAGUGUGUGUCCGCGGGGCUCCUGUUUGAGCAGACGCUAGUGGCCUUCUUCGGCCCCGAGGCCCCCUCCCUCCUCCCCCGCUCCUCCUCUCUGUCAGACUUCGUGCGGAUCUACAAGCAGCUCUGCGCCCAGACCCCCGCCUGUCAGACCCGUUAUAUAGUAUUGGACAGGGCUGAGCGCCUCAGGGAUAUGGAGGCCAACCUCCUACCAGGCCUCUUGCGUUUACAAGAGCUGGUUGAUGACAAUGUGACUGUAAUCCUGCUCACUGAGAUUGUCUGGGACAAGUUCCGCCCGAACACCGGCUGUCUUGAGCCGCUGCUGCUGCACUUCCCUGAUUACAGUAAAGCGGAGCUUCAGGAGAUCCUAGUGCGCGAUUAUCACCCAGCCUACUCGCCGGAUCUCUACGGCUCCUUCGUCAGCAUUCUGCUGGGGGUGUUCUACUCCGUCUGCAGGGACCUGAGAGAGCUCAAACACCUGGCGGCCCUCAACUUCUCCAAGUUCUGUGAGCCAUUAGAGAGAGAAGAAGUGAAAGAAAGUGAAACACACAAGCUCUGGAGGAACAUUGAGCCACACUUGAAGAAGGCCAUGCAGACGGUGUACCUGAGAGAAGUUUCCAGUGUUCAGUGGGAGCAGCAGCAGCAGCAGAUGGAGGAUAGGGAGGCUGGAACUCUGAAAGGCUUGUCGGCCUAUGCCCAUGUGGAGCUGCCCUACUACUCCAAAUUCCUGCUGAUUGCCGCGUACCUGGCCUCCUUCAACCCUGCCCGCACAGACCGACGGUUCUUCCUCAAGCAUCACGGGAAAAUAAAGAAGACCAAUUUUCUGAAGAAGCACGAGAAGACCAGUAAUCACUUGCUGGGGCCCAAGCCCUUCCCGUUGGACCGCCUCCUGGCCAUUUUCUACAGUGUGGUGGACAGCAGGGUGGCUCCAACAGCCAGCAUCUUCUCCCAGAUCUCCUCCUUGGUGACCCUGCAGCUUCUCACCCAAGUGGGACAUGACGACCAGCUAGACGCUCCGAAGUACAAGUGUGCCGUCGCGCUGGACUUCAUUCAGGCAGUCUCCAGGACUGUGAGCUUUGACAUUGUAAAGUACCUGUAUGACUUCCUGUGAGUGCCUCCCCGUGGAGAAACUUGCUGGCUGCUGUUUGGAUCCAGCUGUGGGAUAAAUAUGAUUGGCAGUCCCACUGAAAAGUGGGUGGAGCCUUGUGUUGCAUUCUGUCAUGGAAUGAGAUCACUGAAGAGACCAGAUAGAUGAACACAUUCAUCAACAGCUACACAGCUUACUGGAACACUUGGCGUUGGCGGGAACUGUCCACAUUUUGUGUUUGUUUGUUGAAUUAUUUGUUACUGUGUAAUUUAAUUUGGUAAUAAAUGUUUGUAUGAAAGCUCUGUCUCUGUCUGUCUUUUUUUUUUUUUUU